AUGACUGGGGCUGAGAUUGACACUGUCCAGGCCAAGCCUGAAAAGAAGCCUGGCAAAGAGGUUGCUGGUGGGGCUGAAAGAGAGAAUGAAGUCCCAAUGGUGGUCAGACCAAAGGUUAGGACCCAGGGCCAGGUAAUGCUUGGAGCAAGGCCCCAAACUGAGACCGUGGCAGUGACUGAGACACAUCCUAAGAGUGAGGCCAAGGCAAUCACUGUAGAAAUGCCCAUGAAUGAAACCUAUUCAUGGGCCAAGACUGAGUUUGAUGCUGAGGUCCUACUGAAGACAGAAGGAGUGUCCCAGAACAAUGCUAUAGCCUGGCCGCUGAUCAGUACUGAGUCUGGGUCAGUUGCAAAACCUAAGACCUCAUCUAUGGUUAGGGAACUGGCCAGUAUGGAUGCUGAGUCCUUUCCUGGCACUAAGGUCAAGUCCCAGUCAGGAAUCCAGCAUUUGCUUGUGUCAGAGGAGGAGACCAGUAUGGGGUCUUGGUGCCAUCCCAGGCCUACAUCUAAAAAAGAGACUUUUCACAAUUGUGAUUUCACAUGGGUGGAUAGAUCCUUUAUGAACUCCUGGUUCUGCAGUAGAGAAGAGGUCAGUACAAGGCUUCAUCCUAGAGACAAGGUAAAAGCCAGUACUAGGUCUAGGCACAUGGCCAAAGAAGAGGCUAUGUCUAGGCCCCAAACCAGUUGGGAACUCUAUGUUGCCUCCAGUUCUGGUUCUGAAGAUGAAUCUAUCAAGAAAUCCUGGUUCUGGAUCAGAGAAAAGACCAGUAUCCAGUCUGGGCCUAGGGAAGAGACCAAUAGUAGCUCCUGGUUUGGGUCUAAGAAAGAAGUCUCUGAAUCCAGUUCUGGGUCUGAAUGUGAAGACAAUGUCAAAUCCUGGUUUUGGGCUGGAGAGGAGGGUAGGUACAAACCCAGAGCCAGGAAGGGGGCCAAUGUCAGCACCAGGCACAGGGCCAAGCAAGAAACUUCCAUUGAUUUCAUGUCUGAGUCUAUGGAUGUAGUCAAAAAAGAGCCCUGGUUCCUGCCCGGAGAGAAGACUAAACUUGGCAAGCCCAAGUCCAAGAAAGAGGUCAGGGCCAGAGCAGUGGUAAAGGAAGAAGCCAAAAUCAAGGCCAGAGCCAGGGCCAAGCCAGAAGCCAGGCUGGAGGAAGAGUUCCUCACCGGGGCCUGGUUCUGGGCUGUGGGAGACUGCAGCAUAGUUGGUGGGGCCACUGUCAAGUCUGGCUCUCAAGUAGAGGAUGAGCCCAUUGUUGGCAGUUGGUUCUGGACUGAAGAAGAAACCAGUGGUACAUUCAGACCACAGACUGAGCAGGAGCCUAUUGGCAGUUCCGUGCUUGGAACUGGGGAAAAGACCAAUGUGGAAACUGAGGCUGAUGCCACUUCCAAAUCAGUGCCAACAGAUGACAAAGAAAAGGUCAUCGCCAGUUUUUGCUGGGCUAAUGAAGAAACCAGCCCAGAGGCUGAAGAAGAGACCAUUUUGGGGUCUUGGUUUUGGGUCAGUGAUGCGGCCAGUGUGGAAGCUGGGCUUGGGGCCAACUGUGGGUCCAGGCCAAAGUCUGAGGAAGAAGAGGUCAUUGGCCCCUGGUUUGGGGCUGGAGAAGAAAUCAGUACAGUGGCUGAGUUCAGAGAAGAGGCCAGGCCAGGAGCUGAGACAAUAUUUUGGCCCUGGUUUUGGGCUGGAAAUCAGGCCCACAUGGAUUCAGGGGCUGAAGUCUACUGUGAUACUAUGCCAGGGACUGAGGAGGAGGAACCCAUUAUUGGGUCAUGGUUCUGGCCUGGAGUAGAAGCUUGUGGGAGGGCUGAAGUGAAUAAUAAGUCUAGCCUGGAGGACAAGGAAAAGAGUAUUACAUCGUCUUGGUUUGGGACCACUGAAGAGAUCCGUAUGAAGAAUGCUGCUGGUGCCCAGUGUCAAUUUAUGACAGCUGCUGAAGAGAUUAACAGUGAGUCUGGUUUCUUAUCAGGAGAAGGUCCCUGUAUGUUUCCUACCAAUGAAGGUAGCUGGAAGUCUAGGCCAGAGGACGAACAGGACACUGUUAAUUCAUGGUUCUGUUCCAUAAGAUAUACAGGGCCAGAGACCGUUGUAGGUCCCUCGUUAUGGGCUGUGGAAGAAAGUAGUACAGAUGAUAGGGCUGAAGGAGAAGCCAAGCCACCUACCAAAGAGGAGACCAUGAUCACAUCCUGGUUCUGGAAAGGGGAUGAAGCCAUUAUAGAGGCUGCAGACAAAGAAGAAUCCAGGCUGGAUAUUGAAGAGGAAGAUAUUAUUGGUUCUUGGUUCUGGGCUAGGGAGGAAGACAGGCUAAAGACAGAAGUGGAGGCUAGAGAAGAGGACAGGCUGGCAGCUGAAGAAGAACUUUUUGAUGGGUCUUGGUUCUGAGCCAGGGAAGAGGCCAUUAGGAAUGAGGCUAACAUUUGCAGCAAAUACAGUCCAAAAGCCAGAGAGGAGGAAGUCAUUGUUGAGUCCUGGUUCUGGGCUGAAGAAGAGACCAGUCUGGAGGCAGGGGCUAGUUUUGAGUCCAAGCAUGGAGCUGAAAAGGAGGAAAUCAUUGUUGGGUCCUGGUUCUGGGCUGAAGAAGAGAGUAUAGACAUUAGACCUCAGGCAGUAGAAGAGACCACAUCAGGGUCUGGAGAGGAAACCAUUUUUGAAUCCUGGUUCUGGGAUGCAAAAGAAGUCAAUGUAGAAGCCAAAACAUGCUGUGCGUCUAAGCCAGAGAUUGAUAAAGAGAUGAUUGUUGAGUCACGGUCCUUGUCUGGAGAGAAGGACAUUAAUGAGACUGAAACUGGGGCCACCUCUGAGUCUAGGCCAGAAAAUGAGGAAGGGGCAGUUGUUGGGUCCUGGUUUAUGGCUAAAAAUGAGGACAAUAACAGGACUAGUGAUGGAACCAACUGUGAGACCAGGACAAUAGCUGAGGAGGAUGAGGCCAUUGUGGGGUCCUGGUUUUGGGCACGAGAUGAGACCCAUUUUGAAUCAGAUCCUAGCCCUGUGUACAGGGCCAUUUGCAGGUCCAGCUGUUCAGUUGAGCAGGAGCCUGAUGCUUCACACAGGCCCCAGAGCUGGGAGGAGGUUACUGUUCAGUUCAAGCUUGUCCCGUGGGGUAUGGUUGGCUUCCCAUCCCCAAACCCCUUUAGAUUUUCAAAAGAAGCAGCAUUUCUAUUCUCUGAAAUGUUUGGAGGAAAGCCAAAGCACAUAGAAUUGAGCCUAGAAGGGGAAGACCAGGAAUCUUUGCUUCAGUCUAAUCAACCUGACCCCGAGCUCCCAUUUCAGUAUGAUCCAUUCUACUGGUCAGUCGUGCAAAUUCGGGAGCAUCUUAGGACCAGGGAGAGUACAGAGCCUGAGAGUUGCUCCUGCAGCUGCAUACAGUGUGAGCUUAAAAUUGGUCCUGAAGAGUAUGAAGAAGAACUCCUAUUAAUGGACAAAAUUCGAGAUCCUUUUAUUCAUAAAAUACCUAAAAUUGCAAUGGGUAUGAGAACUACUUCUCAAUAUACUCAUGAUUUCAUUCGCAAUUCAGGUGUUGUCUCACUUAUUGAAACCUUGCUCAAUUAUCCCUCCUCCCGAGUUAGGACAAGGUUUUUAGAGAAUAUGAUUUACAUGGCUCCACCUUACCCAAAUCUGAACAUAAUUCAGACAUAUGUAUGUCAAGUAUGUGAGGAAACUCUUGCUUACAGCUUGGAUUCCCCUGAGCAGUUAUCUGGAGUAAAGAUGGUUAGAUACCUCACUAGAGCCACUGACUAUCACACACUGGUUGCCAGGUAUAUAUCUGGGUUUCUCUUGUUAUUAGCCACAGGCAAUACUGAAACAAGGUUUCAUGUUUUGAAAAUGCUGUUGAAUUUGUCUGAAAAUCCCGUGAUGACAAAAGUGCUACUCAAUGCUGAAGCAGUGUCAGAAUUUAUGGGCCUUUUUAGCAGGAAAGAGGCAAAUGAUAAUAUUCAAGUUUUUCUAGCAAUGCUUGAUAAUAUUGGUAACAAUAUUAAAAAAGAGGUGUUGUUCACUGAUAAUUUCAGUCUUGAGCCACUUACUUCUGCAUUCCAUGAAGUUGAGAAAUUUGCUAAGGAACUGCCAGGCAAAAUAGAUCAUAAAAAGGACCCCGAGGCAGACCAAAAAAAUGAGUAUGAUUAG